CAUAAUCUUUAUUUUCGCUUUGAAAAAAAUAAAUAAAAGUCGCCUGUAUACUCAAAUUUUGACCAAAAUUCCCAGAAGAAAAAGCCAAAUUUGACACGCACCGUCGUAGUUAAUACGACAUCGUCUACCAGUAAGCAUUUCUGCUACGUUCAAGCUGGACUUUUAUUUAUUUUCUUUUUAAUUCCUGAGCCUGCUGGAUUUCUCGAGUAAUCUCCACUAAGCAGAUUCCACAGAGCCGCCAAACAGGAAACUGCACCUCUUCGCCAGAAUACACCCGCUACGAAACUUCUAAAAUAUUCCAAUUAAACUUCCUGAAAAGGCCGCACGUAAGGUGUUUGAUGAAAUUCCUCAACGACCUUCUUUCGAACGUAAAGUGAUAUGGCCCUUGCGAAUGCUGCUGCUCUCAAGUUCUCGACUUCUGCAUUUUUGGGUCUCCGUUCAGCAACUUCCAACUUUCAAAUUCAACCCAUGCAGCAGACGAAAAGAACAAGUUUCUCGGCGCAGCCGUUAGUUAUGAGAGCGAGGGGGAAUGCCAGGACGGAUAGUGCGAAAACUCGUAACAGAAGAAUGCAGAAGAAGUACAAUGGCACGUCUAAGAGACCGAGGCUUUCGGUGUUCUGUUCAGAUAAACAGUUGUAUGCAAUGCUGGUAGAUGACCAAAACAAGAACUGUUUGUUUUACGGAAGCACCCUGCAGAAAUCUAUUCGUCAGAAUCCCGAUUGUAGUACCAGCGAAGCUGCUAAACGCCUGGGCGAGGAGCUCGUCAAGGCCUGCAACAAUCUCAACAUACACGAAAUAUCAUCGUAUGAUCGCAAUGGUUUUGCCACUGGGGAAAGGAUUCAGGCUUUCGAGAUUGCAAUUUCUCAGCAUGGUUUCUUGCCAAGAUAGAUUUGUAUCUGCUUCUGUGUACAACUCUUGUUGAUAACGAUAGAAUGGAAUCGUUCUUUUGCAAUAUAAAACUGGGUUAGAUUGUUUUCGUUGAA